GGACCACGUGGGACUGGCAAGUUCAGUUCUGUCCUUCUUGGCUACUUGUUUUUGUGCGGUCGUUUCCUGUUCAUGUGGGCAGGUAGUUUGGUGUAAGAAAGCAAAUUGUAAUUUUCGCGCGGACUGAAAAGUAACUUAAAGACUGCGACUCGGGAAUCAUGGUGAGCAAGACAGAUGACAUCCCGGCGACGGUGCCCAGCAGCACAGAGAAGACGAAGCCGGGGGAUCAUGAAGAAAGAAAGGCUGACAGCAGAGAGGCAGUCACUGCAUUGCCCGGGGAUCCUUCUGGUUACAGUACAGACAGGGCAGUGAUGAACGGGGAUGGGGAGCACAGUCAGACUGAGCAAACUGAGUCCAAACAGGAUGGUGGUGGGGACACGGAGCAAGGGGAGGACCCUAAUGAACAGGAGGUGAUUGUAAUUCAGGACACAGGAUUUACCGUCAAAAUCCAGGCUCCUGGAACAGACACCUUUGACCUGCAGGUGUCACCCCAGGAAAUGGUGCAAGAGAUCCACCAGGUUCUAAUGGAUCGUGAGGACACCUGCCAUCGCACGUGUUUCUCCCUUCAGUUGGAUGGCAAUGUGUUGGACAACUUUGCAGAGCUCAAGUCUAUUGAAGGUCUUCAGGAAGGCUCUUUACUAAAAGUGGUAGAAGAGCCCUACACAGUUCGUGAGGCUCGCAUCCAUGUACGCCACAUUCGAGAUCUGCUCAAGAGCCUUGAUCCCUCAGAUGCGUAUAAUGGGGUUGACUGCAACUCCCUCUCCUUCCUGAGUGUUUUCACUGAUGGGGACCUGGGAGAGAGUGAGAAGCGCAAGAAGAAAGGCAGUGAGCUAGAGCAGAUUGACUGUACCCCACCUGAGCACAUUCUGCCUGGCAGCAAAGAGCACCCAUUGGUGCCACUUCAACCUCAAAACAAAGAUUGGAAGCCCUUGCAGUGCCUGAAGGUCCUGACGAUGAGUGGCUGGAACCCUCCUCCAGGCAACAGAAAAAUGCAUGGUGACCUCAUGUAUCUGUACAUAGUGACUGUGGAGGAACGUCAUGUCAGCAUCACCGCCUCCACUCGUGGAUUCUACCUCAAUCAGUCCACCACCUAUAUGUUCAACCCCAAGCCAGCCAACCCCAGUUUCCUGAGUCACUCGCUGGUGGAGCUUCUGAGCCAGAUCAGUCCAGCUUUCAAGAGGAACUUUACUGCCCUCCAGAAGAAGAGAGUUCAGAGGCAUCCAUUUGAGAGAAUAGCCACACCCUUCCAGGUAUACAGCUGGACUGCACCUCAGGUGGAUCAUGCCAUGGAUUGCGUGAGAGCAGAGGAUGCUUACACCUCCCGUCUGGGCUAUGAGGAGCACAUACCUGGACAGACACGAGACUGGAAUGAAGAGCUCCAAACAACUCGGGAGCUGGGUCGCAAGAACUUACCUGAGCGCCUGCUCAGGGAGCGGGCAAUCUUCAAGGUGCACAGCGACUUUGCUGCAGCAGCCACUCGUGGGGCAAUGGCUGUGAUUGAUGGCAAUGUGAUGGCCAUCAACCCAGGUGAAGAGACCCGUAUGCAGAUGUUCAUCUGGAACAACAUCUUCUUCAGUUUGGGCUUUGAUGUUCGGGACCAUUACCGCGAGCUGGGAGGGGACAGUGCUGCACACGCUGCACCCACUAACGACUUGAACGGUGUCCGGGCCUAUGGAGCUGUGGAUGUAGAGGGUCUGUACACACUGGGCACUGUGGUUGUGGACUAUCGGGGCUACCGUGUCACUGCCCAGUCCAUCAUCCCUGGUAUCCUUGAGCGCGAGCAGGAGCAGAGUGUUAUCUAUGGCUCCAUUGAUUUUGGCAAAACUGUGGUGUCUCACCCCAAGUAUUUGGAGCUACUGGAAAAGACCAGCCGACCGCUCAAGGUGCACCGUCAUGCUGUGCUCAAUGAAAAGGAUGAGCCUGUGGAGCUCUGCUCCUCUGUGGAGUGCAAGGGCAUUAUUGGUAAUGAUGGACGACACUACAUCCUAGACCUUCUGCGCACCUUUCCCCCUGACCUCAAUUUCCUGCCAGUGGAGGGAGAGGAGCUGCCAACUGAAUGUCAGCAGCUGGGCUUUCCCCGCCAGCACCGUCAUCGCCUUGCCUGCCUGCGGCAGGAACUCAUAGAAGCCUUCGUGGAACACAGGUACCUAGUCUUUAUGAAGAUGGCAGCAAUGCAGCUGAUGCAGCAGAAGGCCAGCAAGGAGAGUGGGACAUCAGCUGCAGCCCUUUCUGUGGCCCCUCCUCCACAGGAGGACAGUGUUGCUGCCAGUGCUGCUGCCUGCGAUCCUGCUGCUAAUACUAAUGGUUCCGCUGCCCCUGUGUUAGUCGAGAAGCAGGAGAGCCAGAGCCCCUUGGAGGGUAAGGAGGCAGAGGAGAGUAUCCCGGGCCUAGCCCAGGUUAAAGAACUGGCACACUCCCUAGUGACAGAAGAUGGAUUUGGUAUUGAUCCCAAAAGCAGAGAAGUGGUUGUUAAUGCCUGCAAAGCUGUGGGCUCAAUCAGCAACACCUCCUUCGACAUCCGCUUCAACCCUGACAUCUUCUCCCCAGGAGUCCGUUUCUCUGAUGACAACACUGAGGACAUCAAGAAACAAAAACAGCUGCUGAAGGAUGCUGGUGCUUUCCUUGUGUCCUGUCAAAUUCCCUCACUGGUGAAAGACUGUUUGGACCACACUGCCCUACCUAUGGAUGGUGCCACUCUGACUGAGGCCUUUCAUCAGCGUGGCAUUAAUGUGCGCUACCUUGGCACUGUGCUGGAGUUUAUUGACAAGGCCCCAACAAGGGCACAGCUGGACCAUGUCUUUAGAAUUGGAAUUACUGAACUGAUCACUAGAUGUGCAAAACACAUCUUUAAAACAUACCUUCAGGGAGUGGAGCUGUCUGCCCUCUCUGUGGCUGUAAGCCACUUCCUCAAUUGCUUCCUGAGCUCCUUUCCUGAUGUAGUUGCCCACUUGCCUGUUGACGAGUUGGCGUCACGACGAAAGAAUCGCCGACGCCGCAACCGGGUGGCAGGUGGUGGGGACAACACAGCAUGGGCCAGCUUGACUCCUAGUGACCUAUGGAGGAAUAUUGUCUCAGAAGCACAGGAAUAUUAUCAUUUCACCUUACAGUGUGAGAGCGUAGACCAGGCGGUGGAGAGAUACGGACUGCAGAAGAUCACUCUGCUGAGGGAGAUUUCACUCAAAGCUGGCAUUCAGGUUCUUUUGAAGGAAUACAACUUUGAUAGCCGCCACAAGCCAAGUUUCACGGAAGAAGAUAUCUUAAACAUUUUUCCUGUUGUCAAACAUGUUAACCCCAAAGCUUCUGAUGCUUUCCACUUCUUCCAAAGUGGCCAGGCCAAGGUUCAGCAAGGAUUCCUGAAGGAAGGCUGUGAACUUAUCAAUGAGGCACUCAAUCUCUUCAACAAUGUCUAUGGAGCCAUGCAUGUAGAGAUCUGUGCCUGCCUUCGCCUACUGGCACGCCUCAACUACAUCAUGGGUGAUCAUCCUGAGGCUCUCAGUAAUCAGCAGAAGGCUGUCUUGAUGAGUGAGAGAGUGCUGGGCAUCGAGCAUCCCAAUACGAUACAGGAAUAUAUGCACCUUGCCCUCUACUGCUUUGCCAAUGGCCAGCUGUCCACGGCCCUGAAACUGUUGUACCGUGCCCGCUAUCUGAUGCUGCUGGUGUGUGGAGAAGACCACCCAGAGAUGGCACUCUUGGAUAGUAACAUUGGCCUGGUCCUUCAUGGAGUAAUGGAGUAUGACCUUUCUCUUCGUUUCCUGGAGAACGCCCUGCUCAUAAACUCCAAGUACCAUGGGCCCCGCUCCCUCAAAGUGGCUCUCAGCCAUCACUUGGUAGCACGUGUUUAUGAAAGUAAGGCAGAGUUUCGCUCUGCACUGCAGCAUGAGAAGGAGGGCUACACCAUUUAUAAAAACCAGGUAGGAGAAGCCCAUGAGAAGACAAAGGAAAGCUCAGAGUACCUUAAAUACCUGACUCAGCAGGCAGUAGCACUACAAAGGACCAUGAACGAGAUCUACAAGAAUGGCUCCAAUGCCAGCAUCAUGCCUCUCAAAUUUACUGCACCAAGCAUGGCCAGUGUCCUGGAACAGCUUAAUGUCAUCAAUGGAAUCAUCUUUAUUCCUCUUAGCCAAAAAGACUUGGAGAACCUAAAAGCAGAGGUACAGAGGCGGCAACAACUUCAAGAGUCAGGGAAGAACGAGGAGCAACUGGAGAACAGUCAGCUUGAGCUGGAAGACAAACUACCUGUUGAUUAACAAGGCACCCCUUUUUAUCGAGGAGGCUAGUUGGCCCAGAACCUGUGUAAUUUAAAAGUGUGAAAGGUGGGGUGGGUAGGUAGAGAUGUGCAGUCGGGACACUCAAAAUAUCUAUGUAAAAGAAAAUAAGGUUUUGGUUUGUUUUGGGAGGGUUGAGGGGGGAUAUGGUUAAAGAUGUCUUCAUGUGCAAUCAAGCAUGAUCAGUCAGAACCUUUGAGAAGGAGCUGAAUGAAUGUCACCAUGUUUCUGCCAUUGUGUUUUGAGGUGGGCUUUGGGGAACUGUAUUGGUGGGGUGAGAAGGAUUAAGGCGGUAAUGUGAAACUAAGGCCUUAUCCAAGUUUUCACACCCGCCCCCAAAUCUUGGUCCCUGUGGUUCCUUGUACCCAGUCCAUGGAGCACCAGCAAGGCCUGAUGCCACUUGCAUCCAUGCAGGCCCACCUGUGCAUCCUUUUUCUGAAACUCAGGUGAUUCUGUUGUGCACUAGAUGAGACAAUGGCUCAGUCAGUAAACUACUUAAACUUUGAGGAAGCUUGAGAAUGUAAAAUGUAUUUCGGACCUUGUCACCCACCCAGCUGUAUUAACAGUCUGAUCCUGUCCUCUAGGUGGCUUCAGCUAAUCUUCUGGGAAGCAGAACCCCUUUUGGGUGGCUUGUUAGCAGGUUUAAACUUUUUGAUAUGUUAAUGAACAAUCCACAAAAUGUAUCUAAGCCCAUGUUAUUGUUUAAACGGAUUGACUUUUAACAUUUAAUGGGAGGGAAAUAGAAGCCAUUUAAGUCAUUUACUUGUCUCAGUCUCACCAAUUUCUUUUAUAUAUCUAUAUAUGUGGAUAUCUGUGUCUGUGGGGUAAGACAUACUUAACGCUGAUGGGGGGAAAAGCUGAUUUGACACGUCCAGUUCCCACUUUUGAAGAAAAAUCUUAGCUGCUUUCAGUAUUGCUGUGUAGUUUGUGUAUUCAUGUGUGUCUUGAUAAAUGCAAGGGGAUGAGCUGCUGCUGCUUGCUGCAAUUUCAUUCAGACAUACUGAGCCUUCCUUCCAAAUAUUCCUUCAGUGUUAAGAUUAAGGCCAUUUUAUCACUGAUGCAACCUUUCAUAAACCUUACUGCCAAAAUGGUUUUCUUAUAGAUUUGCUGUUUGACAGCCAAAUCAUCCCCGUUUCACUGGCAGAUGGACGAAACUAGGGUGUCCCAUGAUCAAAAUACAGGUGAUAAUUUUCCCUAAUUUGUCUGGAAUGGUUUCUCUGUAGUCUUGCCGUUGUUCACACACCAGCAGUUUAAUCACCUAUUUGUAUCUUUUGGUGAUACUCUGUGUACUUGACUGCUGGGUUGUUAAAUACCGUAUGAACACACAAUGCUUGGUUGAGAAAUCCCUCUUAACAUGAUAAACCAAAAAGUAUGAACAAACUAUUACAUGUGUAUUUUACCUUUUUUAUUUUUUUUUUUUUUCCUUUCCAUGUGAUGUUUGUGUAAGUUGUAUGUGUUGAAAGCAAUGGAUAAAUUUGAACUAAAAGUCUGUGAGGGAAGUUUCUUUUUUAUACAGGCUUGGUUUUUGGUCUUGCUUAAAAGGUAAUGAGCUGUUAAGGCUGUAGUGAUCUCAUUCAUGAUUGUAUUGAGCAAGCAUAACAAAAGGGAACAAAACAAAUCAUUAAUGGGGAACGAUGGUGUCUGUUGAUGGUUUUGUAGGAAACCGGAGUGGUUUUUAAAUGUGGAACUUCAUAUUGGAUUCAAAAGUCACAUUGCUGCUUGAUUUGCUACAUUGCAAUUAUGACAGGAACAGUGUUGGAAACAUUGCCUUUCAAGCUGACCAGCAUGAUGCAUCUUCAAUGUUGCACUGCUUUUGUCAAGAUGGUCUCCUCCAGUAAUACCAACAGCAGCCUGUAGGCUGUGCUUUGGUGACUUCUCAAUCAUAAUACUAACCAGUUUUUGAAGUGCACAGGUGCAAUUUUGUGAAUACAGUACAUACUUGUAUGAUACCAGAUGUGUAUUGUACUGCAGAAGACAAAUAAUGUAAAGACUUGUUUGUAAUGGACAUACCGUAGUGGUAAGCUCUAAAGCAGAACACCCCUCAUGAUGGCUUGUUUGUGCGAAGAGUGGUAUUAAAAAAAACUCUGAGCAAGAAAUAGGUCCAGCUCAAAGAUUUGUAGUUUGCUGGGCCAGAAAAUUAAGGUGCUUUUUUAGGAUCAGUCGAGGUAAGCUUUUCUAGUUGUUCCAGUGCUGUAAUUGAGGUAUGGAAAGACUUCAUAAUAGUUUGACAGUUGAUUGCAUGAGAGACCAUUUUUUUUUUGUUAUUUUAAAUGCUUUGUAUCUCAACUUGGUACUAGCGUGUGAACAAUGCAAUAACAAAGCCAUCUAGUGAAUUUUGUACCCAUAAAGCCAGAUGACACAUCUUUGUACUAUUUUAAUCUUGUCAGGUGAACAUUUUUAAGUCAGAAUAACAAUGUGUAUCAAAUAUUUGUAUAUACAAAACAAUAUAAAGUCUGAAAGAGGAUGAUGUAACUUCAAUGCUAUGAUUCUUUGUGAAAGCUUAAGUCAGUGAUAUAUCAUUUUCACAUGCAGGUACAAUACUUGGGUUUUGACAUUUUGUCAACUUGUGUCAUGUGAAUUCUCAGCCUGAGCAACUGUGGAAUUUUGAGAAUUUGUUCAGAAUCAUGUAAAGAAAUUCCAUCUGAAAUUUGUAUGGUGGUUUUUUGCAGUCUAACCACAACAUAUACACAAGUAGUUUCUUUUAUCCUGUAGAGCUAAAGAUGUAGGGGCUGUUACUGGUUUUAAUAUUGGAAAACGGAAUACAGUUUGUGGUCUGGCAAAAUUAAGACGCCCCUGACGCACACAAACGCAUCACAAGAAAACAUUUUGUUCUCUUAUUGAACUGGGCACAUGUUAAGCAGUUUGAUAGUCCUGUUUAGUUACAGAGCUGCUGCUGCUGCUUCCACCACUUAUAUGGUUUCUGUGACAACCUGAGCUGCCCUGGUGCCUAACUGACCCCCUGUUGGUGUGUCCCCUUCCAGAAAGUCACUUGUGUGGAAGCUGGGGGCUUUGACAGUUCAGCAAUACCUCCUUGGACUGCAUGGGCUGCUGUCAAAUGCACACAAAUGUACACGGCAGUGUUUUGGUAACAGGAAUGGGCAAGGUGGGGGUACACGUACCCCUUUCCGCUGCCUUUGACUGAGGGAAAACCUUUCUACAGCGCUUAUAUCUGCUUCUCUUUCCUUGCUGUGUGUCUCAUGCCGUGCUUUCCUCUACCAAUAACAGCCUAAUUUUUCUGGUCUGAGUAUGCUUUUAUAUUAAAAUAAAUAAAACUAGCAAGUGA